GAGGAGGACGGGGAAAGAGAGAAGUACACAGCGUGUUGGAGAAGAGUAGAGGAGGAGAAGAGGAGAGGAGGAGAAGAGGAGAAGAGGAGAGGAGAAGUGGAGGAGAGGAGGAGGGGAGUACACACCGCAGCUUGUAUUAGAAGGAGAAAAGGAAGGUGAGAACUGUUGGAGUGGUUGUAAAGGAGCUGAACUUCCUGUCAUGUUUACUUCAGUCCGGACCCUUUGUGUUCAGGGCACAAUGUCCAGGCUACUAUCCUCAGAGUCUGGCCGCUGCCUAUGAGACCGUCCAUACAGCCGCUGCCUAUGAGACCGUCCAUACAGCCGCUGCAUACACCGAGCACUGUCGCUUUUACCGUACUUUGUUGUUGGUCAGGAGGGAGGCACAAAGGGAGCUGAAAUGCAGAAUGUACCGGAGGAAUGGAGGGAAGAACAGAGGGCUGGAGGAGGAGGAGAGAUGGAUGCUAAACCCUGGGAGGGUAGAGAGGCCUUAUUCCAAAUAAACCCUGUUAACUCCAAACAGGAUAUGGACAGAGGGAAAGAGAAUGGAGAGACCGGGGUUAAGGAGAGGAGGAAGGAGAAUGGAGAGAUGAUGAACGAAGGGGGAAAGGGGACGGAUAAAGAGUCGCUGAUGAUGGAGCUGACCCGUUUGGUUCAGAAGACAGUGAAGGAGAGUAGCUGGUGGGAGAGGAGAGGCAUCGACAUCACUAUCCUGGUCCUGGCCUUUCUCCUGUUACCUCCAGCCUUUCUGCUGCUGGGCUCAUCCCAGGUCCUGGUGUUUGUCCUGGGCAUGGUGCUGAUGGGGGUGUCCCACGCUGUCAUUACCGUUAAAGGAACCCACCUGGCCAGCCACGGAUCGCUGAGCGAGUCCCCUGCCUGGGCCGAGUUCUGGGCCGUGUUCUUCAUAGAGGUGUGUGGGUCGUUCACUGCAAGGGCAGGUGUAACAGGCCACAUUAAGAUGCAUCAUGCCCACACCAACGUGAUCGGCCUGGGUGACUCCAGCACCUGGAAGAUACCCUGUCUACCCCGGAGCAUCUACCUGUUCAUCGCACCCCUGGCUGUACCCAUUAUCACUCCUCUGGUGGCUCUAGGUCAGCUGAAGGACCACUCGGUGAGCCAGGCCCUGAGGACAGUCCUGAUGGUGUUCCUGGGCUUCUACUCUCAAUACUGGCUACUGAUGCAUGUGUCUGGGUUCCAGCGUGCGUACAGCAGCCUCCUCUGCAUGCUGCUCUGCAGGGCCGUGUUCUCUAUACCCUACAUACACGUUAACAUCUUCCAGCACAUCGGCCUGUCUAUGUUCUCCCCGACCCGCCGGCCCAAGAGGAUUUACCAGAUGACCCACGGGGUUCUGAACCUUCCCCGGAACCCCCUGCUGGACUGGACCUUCGGACACUCCCUCAUCAACUGUCACGUGGAACACCACCUGUUCCCCUUCCUCUCUGACAACAUGUGUCUCAAGGUAAAGCCCAUCGUGUCCCAGUAUCUAAAGGAGAAGGAGUUCCCAUACCAGGAAGACACAUAUCUCUCCCGCCUGCAGCUCUUCUUUCACAAGUACCAGGAGCUCAUGGUGUUCGCCCCGCCCAUCACUGAGCUGGUGGGGGUGCAAUGAUGGAGGGGGGAAGGGGGGAGGAGAGAGGCAGACAGAGAGAGGGCAGAGGUGGAGGAUGACAUGCACCUACUAACUAACCCAUGCUGCUGUAUGCUGUCAUUGGAAUAACAGAUUGUUAACACUGUCCUAUCUAGGAGGAUCAAUAAGAGCACAAGCUCAAACUAACACAGCUGCAAAUUCAUCAAUUAUUCCCGUGGAAAAACGACUAAAUUAAUUGUAACAAAUACAUUGUCCGUUUGUCUUCAUAAUCUAAGACUGUAACAUGAUAGCUACCAAUGAUCUCUAUUCAAGACAAUGUGUGUACUUAAGGCAUUUUAUGGUACAUACAUAUUUUCAUAAACUGACGUGUAUUGUUCCCUUAUGUGAUCUAUCAUAGCAAUAAAACAAUACAAAAACACACCACAUAACCUAGACAGUGUCCAAAACAUAUGAACAUUUAACAAUAUUAAACAGAUAAUAUCUAUGUGAUGUAAUUGAAAAACCUUUUGAUACCUGCUACAGAUGUAUUUUUGAUUUCAAGGCUCAUAGGCCUCUCGUCCAAACUAGUCCACUACUUUUGACCAAGGCUCAUAGGCCUCUCGUCCAAACUAGUCCACUACUUUUGACCAAGGCUCAUAGGUCUCUCAUCCAAACUAGUGCACUACUUUUGACCAAGGCUCAUAGGCAUUUCGUCAAAACUAGUGCACUACUUUUGACCAAGGCUCAUAGGUCUCUCAUCCAAACUAGUGCACUACUUUUGACCAAGGCUCAUAGGUCUCUCAUCCAAACUAGUGCACUACAUGGAGUAGGGUGACAUUUAGGACACAUUCUGAAUAUGUCUAACUGACUGAGGAGAUUAAUCAGACCAGGUGUGUAUUUACCACAGACCGAUGGUGUUGCUGGUGUGUAUUUACCACAGACCGAUGGUGUUGCUGGUGAGUAUUUACCACAGACCGAUGGUGUUGCUGGUGUGUAUUUACCACAGACCGAUGGUGUUGCUGGUGUGUAUUUACCACAGACCGAUGGUGUUGCUGGUGUGUAUUUACCACAGACCGAUGGUGUUGCUGGUGAGUAUUUACCACAGACCGAUGGUGUUGCUGGUGUGUAUUUACCACAGACCGAUGGUGUUGCUGGUGAGUAUUUACCACAGACCGAUGGUAUUGCUGGUGUGUAUUUACCACAGACCGAUGGUGUUGCUGGUGUGUAUUUACCACAGACCGAUGGUGUUGCUGGUGUGUAUUUACCACAGACCGAUGGUGUUGCUGGUGAGUAUUUACCACAGACCGAUGGUGUUGCUGGUGUGUAUUUACCACAGACCGAUGGUGUUGCUGGUGUGUAUUUACCACAGACCGAUGGUAUUGCUGGUGUGUAUUUACCACAGACCGAUGGUGUUGCUGGUGAGUAUUUACCACAGACCGAUGGUGUUGCUGGUGUGUAUUUACCACAGACCGAUGGUGUUGCUGGUGUGUAUUUACCACAGACCGAUGGUGUUGCUGGUGUGUAUUUACCACAGACCGAUGGUGUUGCUGGUGAGUAUUUACCACAGACCGAUGGUGUUGCUGGUGAGUAUUUACCACAGACCGAUGGUGUUGCUGGUGUGUAUUUACCACAGACCGAUGGUGUUGCUGGUGAGUAUUUACCACAGACCGAUGGUGUUGCUGGUGAGUAUUUACCACAGACCGAUGGUGUUGCUGGUGAGUAUUUACCACAGACCGAUGGUGUUGCUGGUGAGUAUUUACCACAGACCGAUGGUGUUGCUGGUGUGUAUUUACCACAGACCGAUGGUAUUGCUGGUGUGUAUUUACCACAGACCGAUGGUGUUGCUGGUGUGUAUUUACCACAGACCGAUGGUGUUGCUGGUGAGUAUUUACCACAGACCGAUGGUGUUGCUGGUGUGUAUUUACCACAGACCGAUGGUGUUGCUGGUGAGUAUUUACCACAGACCGAUGGUGUUGCUGGUGUGUAUUUACCACAGACCGAUGGUGUUGCUGGUGUGUAUUUACCACAGACCGAUGGUGUUGCUGGUGAGUAUUUACCACAGACCGAUGGUGUUGCUGGUGUUUAUUUUUUUAGUGUCUGAAACAGAAAACCGUUGUUUGCACUGAAAUGACAGUAAAUAUGAAAUAAAUCAAUGAAUCAUG